AUGGUUGUCACAACAAGAAGAGCAGAGCAAACUCGAGCCGUUACCCCUGAAGGUCACGUACAAACAGUUCAACCUAGCUCCCCACCGUCCAUGCAUUCAGCCCCAGCUGAAGGAGUUGCCGGCGAGGCUCUUCCCUUGGUACUGCAGUCUGUUGGUCCACAGCACCCAGCAGCUGAUCCUGCAAUAGCCCAAUUGAAUCAACGUGUAGCCAUACGGAAAAUGCAAGGAGAAAACUUAAUCCCAAAUCAACCCCCACCGCCAGGAGUCUGUUUCGGAAUGCCACUCCCCACUGCUUUCCCACAAAUCAUCCCACUAGCCCAUUGCCCACAACCGGCCCGGAGCCAGCCGGUGGCUAUGUACAACGAUCACCGAGUCCCUGUGGUCGCCCCAUAUCCCCCUGGACCUUACACGCAUAACAUUGCCGUCCCUUACCCCCCACAUUUUCCUACUGGCUUCCCAUUCCACGGUUACGCAAUACCUCCCCACAAUGCAAUCAUCCCUCAGCCCCAAGGAUCAGGUAUGAUCCCAGGCCUGCCACAAUACGACGCUCAACAAGCCCCAGCCCUUUCUUACUCUAUUGAGGCCCCCCAAGCACCUCACCGACCACCAGACCUACCCGUCCAUAAUCCAAACUUAUGA